GGGGCCCGCAGAAGAGCCGGCAUGUCGAUUCGAGUGCCAGGCUCAUCUGAAUGCGCGGCAUAAGGCAGAAGAGACUGGGCUCAACUACCUAACUAGUACCUCAGUAUGCGCUCCGCAAACCCGUAUGGCUUGUCACAGUUCCAUCACCUCACCCAGACAUCACCUACUACCUCCCCCUCCCAAGGUCUCUACCCCACCUAACACUCAAUAAUCUUCUUUCCCUUUUCCAACCCCAUCCUUUCUGCCGUCAUGAUCAAUCAAUGGUUUCUUUUACUUCGUCCGUAGCGACACACCUCUGCGAACGAAGAUUGUACAAUCCCCAUGAUGAGUGACCCGGCGUCCGAUGAGCCCGAGGGCUUUCCCUCACUAGAGGAAGAGACACUACACCACCUCGAUAUCGUCGGCGCCAACGAGUACCGUCUAAUCCGUCUCGUGGGGGAAAGCAUGAACGUCUAUCACAGGUUGCGACGCGCACUGUUUUGGGCGACCAGGAUCAGUGACGGCCUCGAGGUCGUCGUCAAAUUCUUUAUUGAACAACACCCCAUCCUCACCACCGUGGACCCACAUCGGGGCAUCUUCAACCGGCUCGGGCGCACCGCAAUCGAAGACGAAUUCCAAGCACUCGAGGCCGCGGAAGAUGUGAACGGCGUCCCCCACAUUCUCGAUCGUAGUCGCAGCAGCGGCGAGGUGGUGCAAGGCCCGGAGUCUGAGUAUCCCGGGGGCAGGCUGGACAUCAUGGCUAUGACCCGGCUGCCUGGAUAUCCGCUGAAUUCCUUUGAGGGGCGGCUUGAGCCGUGGGAAGUGGAUCAUGUCAAGGGUGAAGUGCUGCGGAUUGUCAGGUAA